AUGCCAAAUGAUCCCUUUGGGGGCAACUUCGUAGACUGCGGGGGUUGCCUGAAAGACUAUUGUUUUAUUUUUGCGGAGAGUAUACGAUUUGACAGCUGCGUAGAUAUGGCUAACAUAGUUCACGUAUUUCCAGCGGUGCAGAACGAACGCCAGCCACGGAAUACUGCGACCAUAAGGCCUGAAGCAUUACGGGACAUGGACCAAGAGAGGGCUCUACGGGAAGCCGCAGUUGCAGUGGGAGUUUUUGGGCCUCCGGUAUCGUUAGCAAUGGCGUUAUCCCCCGCGCGGUAUCCGUUGCUAUCGCCACAUUACGCGGCACUGCCGCCGCAACCACCGCCACCAGUACAACCAGACUCUUCGCGAGACAACGACGACAACAUCAACCACAAUACUGACAGCGACGAUGACAGCAUCGACGUGACGAACGAAGAAGAUUCCACAUCGUACUCGCCUCCUUCAGUCGCAAGCUACACACAAAACUGUGUUCCCUACAGACCAUUAGGUGUUGAAAGCUCUGCAGAGACAGCAGCGAGAUUGUUGUUCAUGGCAGUCAAAUGGGCCAAGAAUCUACCUUCGUUUGCCAGUCUCGCUUUUAGGGAUCAGGUGAUUCUGUUGGAAGAAGCGUGGUCGGAGUUGUUUCUUCUGAAUGCAAUUCAAUGGUGUCUACCACUCGACACUGCAUGUGCUGCUCUGUUUGGUAGUGACCAAACUGAUCAAGAAAACGGUCUUAAUUCUACUGUACUGAGGAGAUUACGUGAAGUACUCGCUCGGUACCGUGCUGUCUUAGUGGAUCCAGCGGAGUUUGCCUGUAUGAAAGCUAUAGUUCUUUUCAAAUCAGGUAGUUAAUAAAAUUACUGGAAUCAGUAUGAUAAUAUUAAAUAAACGGAUGUAGACAGUAAACUAAAAUAAAUACAUAUUAUUUAUAUUUUCUGGCAGUGUUUAUAUUAUUACCGAUAAUCACACUUUUAUGCUUAUUAUGUUUAUAAUAUUACUUAAACUAAUGAGGAAGUAUUAAAAAAAAACGAAUCCACUAAAGCACUAAAAAGCACCUCCACUAGAUGGCGACCCUAGCAAAUGAUGAUUUUUGCAGGAAACAAAAUGGACCAAAGACAGUAAUUUCCGUUCCGUUUAACUAACAUAUUAAAAAACUGAAAUUUGAAAAGUUCGAAACUUAGUUAUCAAUACAAAUAUAAAAAAGUACAAAUAGAAUGUGAGUUGUUUAUUGAGUUUCGAAAAAUAAUUUACUUUUAAACAUGAAAGUAAACCGGAAAGGAUGUCAUGGAGAAAUCAAGAACGUACCAUAGCGACAUCUAAUUUGAUUUCGGGAUUUUAAUUUUAAAUAUUUCCUCAUUACGAAAAAAAAAACAAAUAUUUUAUGAUCGUUGUCACGUGACCGCAAACAGCGCUUGACGUGACGCCCCUCUUACUCAUAUCAGAACUUGGAGAAUUCAACCUAAUGCUUCAAUACAUAGGAUACGAUACGAUAUUCGUUUCAGAGUGCCGUCACGUCAUAGCGACGCCAUGACAGAAGGUGGCAUGCUCGCGGGAAAUUUCAAAAACUAAAUUUAUUCUUUAGAUUUUAACUUAUUACAUAUAUAUCUACGUGUAUAUAUAAAAAAAAUGUUGUCUACAAUCCUAUUGGACAGUAAAAUGUGUCUUUUACUACAUACGUUUGGUCUGAUUUGGUUGCACACAGAGACGCGCGGCCUGAAGGACCCCCUGCAGAUAGAGAACCUGCAGGACCAGGCGCAGGUGAUGCUGAUGUCGCACGCGCGCGCCGCGCACGCCGCCGCGCCCGCGCGCUUCGGCCGCCUGCUGCUGCUGCUGCCGCUGCUGCGGGCCGUCGCGCCGCACCACCUCGAGGCCGAGUUCUUCGCCAAGACUAUAGGGCGCACGCCAAUGGAGAAAGUGCUCGCGGACAUGUACAAAAAUUAGUUCAUCAUGAUUAAUCAUCACCACCAUCAUCACCUUCACCACCACCACCAUCAUCAUCAUCACCACCAUCAUCAUCACCACCAUCAUCAUCACCACCAUCAUCAUCAUCAUCAUCAGCCUUUUUACGUCUCCCUUGCAGGGGUUUUCUUUAUGGAUGGUUAAAGAGGAUGGGUCACGACUCUCCACAUUGGCCCAGCGCGGAUUGGUGGGUAUUAACCACUGCAAACGCAGCCGGGACCAACGGCUUGACGUGCCUUCUGAAGCACGAAAUAGCUCGAGAUAAUAUUUUUUGUUGGUAACCCAUUCUGUGACCGACCCUUGCGAAAGUUGCUUAUCAACAACGAUAGCGGGCCACUGAGCUACUCAAAAUUUAGUUAAACACUAUUAUUUUUAUUCCUGUACCAGCUUUCCAUCUUGAAUCACUAUGUAUGUGGAUGUAUUCAUAUCCGUUACGUUGAGUGA